CGCUGGCGGUCGCCCUUCCCCCACCUGCAGUCGCGAGUGGGUGACAGGGCCCCCUCGUCCGCGCGCCUCGUGACCCGGAACCGCGAGUGGAGGCUAAACCCCUCCAGAGAGCCUGAAGUCGGUUGCCACGGAAGGAGUCCUCUGAAAACCACCGCGUGGGAAGGUGUUUCCUCCAGUUGUGCCUUCGUGCUGCAGUGCCUUUACCCAACCACAGAAAAUGAUGGGGUCCCAGGAGGAGUGGGAGCAACUGGACCCUUCUCAGAGGAUUCUCUACAUGGAUGUAAUGCUGGAGAACUACAGCAACUUACUUUCAGUGGAAGUGUGGAAGGCUGACGACCAGGUGGAGAAGGACCCCAGAGACCCUGAUAAGCAGAUGAGGCCACUUAAAACCCUCAAGAACCAACCACCAACUGAAGAAAGAGGCAGUCUCUUUGAAAAGACAUUAAAUCUGAACACAGACUUCGUUUCAUUAACACAGGUUCCCUAUAAAUAUGAUUUAUAUGAAAAAACUUUGAAAUACAAUUCAGACUUACUUAGCAGUAGAAGCUGUGUAAGAAAGAAAGCUGAUGAAUGCAGUGGAUUUGGGAAAACACUUCUGUAUCUGAAGCAAGAGAAGCCCCACGCUGGAGGAGAAUAUUCAGAAUAUAAUGGAAACGGAAAGGCUCUCAGCCAUAAAGAAGUCAUCUUUAAACAUCAGAAAAUUAAGAACCUGGUUCAGCCUUUUGUCUGUAAUUACUGUGACAAGGCCUUCUCCUUCAAGUCACUCCUCAUUAGUCAUAAGAGGAUACACACAGGAGAAAAACCCUAUGAAUGUAAUGUGUGCAAGAAAACCUUCUCCCAUAAGGCGAACCUCAUCAAACAUCAGAGAAUUCAUACGGGAGAGAAACCCUUUGAAUGUCCUGAGUGUGGAAAAGCAUUUACCCACCAGUCGAACCUUAUCGUGCACCAGAGAGCACAUAUGGAGAAGAAACCCUAUGAAUGCAGUGAAUGUGGAAAGACAUUUGCUCAGAAGUUUGAGCUCACCACACACCAGAGAAUUCAUACAGGAGAGCGACCCUAUGAGUGUAACGAAUGUGCAAAAACCUUCUUUAAGAAGUCAAACCUCAUUAUACAUCAGAAAAUUCACACGGGGGAGAAACGCUACGAGUGCAGUGAGUGUGGAAAAUCAUUCAUCCAGAACUCGCAGCUCAUCAUCCACAUGAGAACUCAUACUGGGGAAAAGCCCUACGAAUGUACUGAAUGCGGCAAAACUUUCAGCCAGAGGUCAACGCUUCGGUUACAUUUGCGGAUCCACACGGGAGAGAAGCCCUAUGAGUGUGCCGAGUGCGGGAAGGCCUUCAGCAGAAAGUCCCGGCUCAGCGUCCACCAGAGGCUCCACACAGGCUAGGUCCUGAGGCUGCAGCCAGACUGCACUGUGGCAAACCCACCAAACCAGAGUUCUUCCAGGGAGAGAGAGCCCUCAGGCUAAAGGAACUUGGGAAAUCAUAUUGAGAUGUAACCUAACUCAAAAACUUCAGAAAAAAAGGAUACCGCAAAAAUAUACCGAAAGUUCUAAUAUCCAGCUAAAGAGUACAUGUUCUUGUGUAUGUAUCCCAGUACCUGUCUAUCUCUCCAUACUCAGCUGUAAAUACACAUACCCAGCUCCAUUUC